CAUCAUUGGUGUUGGUCAGCGUGCCAAACUUUUGUGGAACACUAGAUUAGAUGAGUCUUGUGCAUGUCCUCGACAACAUCAUACCAAGUGGUUCCUUCUGACGAAGGCAGUUCGCCCGCCAAACCCGCUUCUCGUUUUACAUCUCCCAAGUCUCUUUUUCUGUCUGGAAUAGUAUUCUUCAUCCUGGCAUUUGCGUCGUACAAAGCGUUCUUCUCGUGGUCUAAUAUUCAACAGCCAUAUCCUCAAUUAGACUCUCCUGCAUCCAGUACUGGCAAAGGCGACCAAUCAUUAGAAUCUCAAACAUCUUCAUUCAUCCCGCCAGCACCGAGCGAUACUCCAGAAAUGCAAGGUCAAGGAAAAUACAGCGUUGGAUACUUCGUAAACUGGGGAAUCUAUGCUCGCAAGUUUCCGCCGUCGAACAUCCCUGCCCAAGAUUUGACCCACAUCCUUUAUGCAUUCGCUGAUCUGAGACCUGACUCGGGCGAAAUUGUUCUCUCUGACGCAUGGGCGGACAAAGAUAUUCAUUACCCUGGUGAUUCUUGGAAUGACGUUGGAAACAACCUCUACGGGAAUUUCAAGGCCAUCUACAAAUUGAAACAGCAAAAUAGACACUUGAAAGUCCUUCUCUCAAUCGGAGGUUGGACAUAUUCUCCCAAGUUCCAUCCUAUCGUCGUCAAUCCUGCGCUUCGUGCCAACUUCGUGCGGUCCGCAGUUCGUCUGCUCGAGGAUUACGGUCUUGAUGGUCUUGACGUGGACUAUGAGUAUCCAUCCAAUGAGCAUCAAGCUCGUGGCUACGUGGACCUCUUAAGGGAACUCAGAGCAGGCUUAGAUCAGCACGCUCAAAUGAAGGGAAUCUAUCAUAGGUUCUUGUUGACAAUCGCUGCUCCUUGCGGACCCGACAACUAUCAAAAGUUACACGUACGUGAAAUGGACCAGUACCUCGAUUUUUGGAAUAUGAUGGCCUACGACUUCUCUGGUUCAUGGGAUUCUGUUGCAAAUCACCAAGCCAACAUCUACGGUGGACCUAUCAGCGCCUCACAGGCGAUCUCGUGGUACAGCGCGAACGGCGUUCCUCGCUCCAAGAUGGUCCUCGGGAUUCCGCUGUACGGCAGAAGCUUCAUGAACACGUCCGGUCCCGGCGCACCGUUUUCCGGCAUCGGGCCAGGCAGCUGGGAGCAAGGUGUCUAUGACUACCGUGCUCUUCCGCUCCCAGGCACAUACGUGUUUCAAGAUGACAAGGCCCUGGCGAGCUGGUCCCACGACUAUCAGAAGCAAGAGGUGGUAAGCUUUGACAACGAGCAGGUCGGGCAUUGGAAAGGCGAUUGGAUUCGCCGUGAAGGCCUUCGAGGAAGCAUGUUCUGGGAGUUAAGCGGAGACAAAGAAAACACGCGAGAGGGAAUGGAAGGCGGGUUGGGAAAGGACCCAGCGCCCGGGAGGAGCUUGGUUGCAACCGUCAAGAACGCCAUGGGACCAUUGGACCUGAGCCAUAACUGGCUGAGGUAUGAGGGCAGCCAAUUUGAUAACCUGCGCAGCGGCACUAUUUAGGCCUUGCAUCACACGACACAGAGGAUUCGGACAUCUUUUCCAGGACAAUCACUGUAACAUCACCUUUGUUCAAGCUUUGUAUGAUAGCAGUCCUUUUAAUGUCACGUUGUGUGACUCC